AUGGGGAGGGACUAAAGAAGGGAUCGGUUUCGUGGGGAGCCUUUGGUAGUUAACACCCGGGACCUGCCCCAGCUCAGACUCUCAUUCCUCAGAAUAGCCGGCUCCAGUCCCAGCCAUGCUCGCCACCGCGGGCUCCCUGGUGGCCGCCUUCUGGGCAGCGCUCCAUCUCCGGACUCUGCUGCUGGCUGCCUUCACCUUCCUGUUCCUGGCUGACUAUCUCAAAAACCGGCGCCCCAAGAACUACCCGCCGGGCCCGAGGGGUCUGCCCUUCGUGGGCUGCAUAUUCCAGUUGGACUUUGAGAAGCCCCACCUAUCAAUACAGCCGUUUGUGAAGAAAUAUGGCAACAUUUUUAGCCUGAAUCUUGGUGACAUUACUUCCGUGGUCAUAACUGGACUGCCCUUAAUCAAAGAAGUCUUUACUCACAUGGAACAAAACAUUUUGAACCGCCCUGUCACUCUUAUCCGAGAGCGUAUCUCUAAUAACAAUGGGUUGGUCUUCUCCAGUGGCCAGACAUGGAAGGAACAAAGAAGGUUCGCCCUGAUGACACUGAGGAACUUUGGACUGGGAAAGAAGAGCUUAGAACAGCGCAUGCAGGAGGAGGCCCAACACCUUGUGGAGGCCAUAGAGGAGGAGAGAGGACAGCCUUUCAACCCUCAUUUUAAUAUCAACAAUGCAGUUUCCAAUGUCAUUUGCUCUGUUACCUUUGGGGAGCGCUUUGAGUACCAGGACAGUCAAUUCCAAGAGAUGCUGAGGCUGCUGGAUGAGGCCACAUGUUUGGAGACAUCAAUUGGGUGCCAGCUCUACAACAUUUUUCCAUGGAUAAUGAAAUAUCUUCCUGGAUCACACCAAACAGUUUUCAGAAACUGGGGAAAACUGAAAUUGUUUGUUUCUGAUAUUAUUGACAAUCACCGCAAAGACUGGGACCCAGAUGAGCCGAGAGACUACAUUGAUGCUUUCCUCAAGGAAAUGACAAAGUACCCAGACAAGACUACAAGUUUCAAUGAAGAAAACCUCAUCUGCAGCACUCUGGACCUCUUUUUUGCUGGAACAGAGACAACAUCCACAACCCUGCGCUGGGCUCUGCUCUACAUGGCCCUCUACCCAGAAGUCCAAGAAAAAGUGCAGGCUGAGAUUGACAGAGUGAUCGGCCAGAAGAGACAGGCAAGCCUGACCGACCGAGAGUCCAUGCCCUAUACCAAUGCCGUCCUCCAUGAGGUGCAGAGGAUGGGCAACAUUGUCCCCUUGAAUGUUCCCAGGGAAGUGGCAAUGGACACCAAUUUGCAUGGAUUCCACUUGCCAAAGGGUACCAUGCUUCUAACCAACCUAACUGCACUACACAGGGACCCCAAAGAGUGGGCCACCCCAGAAACCUUCAAUCCAGAGCACUUUUUGGAGAACGGGCAAUUUAAGAAGAGAGAGUCCUUUCUGCCAUUCUCAAUGGGAAAGAGAGUUUGCUUGGGAGAACAACUGGCCAGGUCUGAGCUGUUCAUAUUCUUUACUGCUCUCAUACAAAAGUUUACCUUCCAGCCGCCCAUCAAUGAGAAGCUGAGCCUGAAGUUCAGAAUGGGCCUGACCAUUUCCCCAGUCAGUCACCGCCUCUGUGCUAUCCCCAGACUGUGAUGCUGGUGAAGGAAAGAGAAAAGAGUACAGAGAGAGAUGGUGUAUGCCCUGACGCUGCUGGACUUUGCUCACAUGAGAGGAGAGCAAUGUCAAAGAAUGAAGGUGAUUCAAGAAAUAUUGAAGAAAUUGGACUAAGAAAAUUGAAUUAAAUUUCUGGACUGUUGACCCCUAGUUUGGUGGUGGGCAAAUCAUUUAUGAGCUCAAUGGCAUAUCUUUUUAUCUAAAAGUUGCAAGGAGAAUGAUGAUUCCUCUCAUAAAGAGAAUUACUGAAAAUGAAUUGCUGAAUUAAAAAUGCUAAGUGCAUCACGA